CGUUCGCACGUGAGCCGGAAGUAUUCCCCUGAAUAGGGGAAAUCCUCACGAAGCCGGAAGCGGCUGCUGUAGGCGAGAGCGCUCCCCGCGAUGUCAGAAUGCGGGCAGCAGCGAUGCGAAGAGGAGCAGAGCGAGCGAGGGCAGCAGCAGUGCGAGGAGGAGCAGCGGAGGGAGCGAGGGUACCAGCCACAACAAAGGGAGCUGCGCGGGCGGCAGGAGGAGCAGCAGGAGGAGGCCUCCUCACCUCACUUCUCGCGAGAUCGACACGUGCGCUUCUUCUCACGCUGCCUGCAGGUCCUGCCUGAGCGAUACGCGGCCCUCGAGACGAGCAGGUUGACAGUCGCGUUUUUUGCUCUCUCUGGUUUGGACGUCCUCAAUGCCUUGGGCCAAGUUGAUAAAGAGAGAAUAAUUGAGUGGAUUUACUCUCUGCAAGUUCUUCCAAAUGAAAACAAUUCCAACCUCCACUGCUGUGGCUUUAGAGGGUCCUCUCAACUCGGCACAACACGCUUGUCACAGGUCACGGGCGAGAUGCAUCCAUAUGACUCGGCGCACAUCGCCAUGACCUACACGGGUUUGGCAUGCCUCAUCAUUCUGGGCGACGACCUGAGUCGUGUCGACAAGAGAGCCUGCCUCGCGGGGCUCAGGGCUCUGCAGCUGCUGGACGGCAGUUUUUCUGCAGUGCCAGAGGGCAGUGAGAAUGACAUGCGGUUUGUAUACUGUGCAUCCUGCAUCUGCUACAUGCUGGAUGACUGGUCUGGUAUGGAUUUACAAAAAACCAUCGACUACAUACGAAACAGCCUGAGCUAUGAUAGUGGAUUGGCCCAGGGUCCUGGACUGGAGUCUCAUGGUGGGUCCACGUUCUGUGCGAUUGCCUCAUUGUGCCUCAUGGAGAAGCUUCACUCCGUAUUGUCUGAUCGGCAGCUGCGGAGAAUACAGCGCUGGAGUAUAUUACGCCAGCAAAGUGGCUUCAACGGUCGACCUAACAAACCUGUGGAUACGUGUUACUCCUUUUGGGUUGGAGCCACACUGCAGCUUCUCGACAUAUUCCGGUUCACGGAUUUUGAAAAGAACAGACAAUACAUUUUAUCAACUCAGGACAACCUCGUGGGUGGAUUUGCAAAGUGGCCAGACAGUCAUCCAGAUGCCCUCCAUUCAUAUUUUGGUGUGUGCGGCCUGUCUCUGCUGGGGGAGGCGGGCCUCGAAGAGCUCCACCCUGCACUCAACAUGACCACAAGGGCCUUUGGGCACAUUGUGAUGCUGCACCGGCGCUGGCGUCGGGCCAGCUAAGCUGGCGUGGCUCAGGGCGGUUGCGCUUCUCGCGGUUUCCCUUUUGUGUGGAUGUGAGGUAGCUAGCACAGCCCCGACUAGCUGUGGAGUGAUGGACCAGCAAGGGUUAAGGGUAUAUUUAUUUUGGUUGGCCAGGUGAGAGUUCAAGAGACCAGAAUAGUCUCACUUUUGCAGCGUGGCCCUGGUCACCAAAAUGACAAGCGAAACAAAAUACAAUUACAGCAAUUUAGCAACUAUAAAUGAGUAAAAAACAUUUGUCACAUGAGAAAUCAAAGAUAUUCUAUAAACAUACAUCAAUGUUUAAUACUAAAUUCCCUGUAGAGAAAGUUGGUUCGGAACAAUUGUUUAGUCUGAUCACAGUACAAUUACAUUUAAGUUAUAGAAACAUUAACAGCGAUAGGGUGACUUUUAUUUUAAUAUGUAAGCAGAUGUAUGUCAAAUGGAUAUCAAUUGCAGUAGUGGCACGAAUGGAAUGGUGACCCCAUGCAGACUCGCAGUGAUGAGCACUAGGCUGAUUUAGAUAGAUUUUGCCUCCUUUUUUGGUUUUGUCAUCUUUUUAAGUGCGGGAUCAAAUUAUGAUAUGCUGUAACCAAUUUUAUCAACUGACAGUAUCAACAACUAAAUAUAAUGCUUCCAGGUGUUUUAA